AUCGGUUUUCAAGGGAUGAGAUGCCGCUUCGUGACCGAAUGGUUCCAUUCCACUGGACAGCAUUCGUUGGCUCAUUCAUCCUUCGACGAUUCCGAGGCGGAGUUUGACAAUCAAGCAACAACGACGCACUUCGAGGGUGGGACGCUUCACAACCUGGGCGGAAUUGUCAAGCUGCAGACUUGGAGCUUCAUUCGAGAGCUUUGCAUUGUGAAGGUGUUGGUUUGGGGAAGAGUUUUUGGAGAUCCCGGGGACCUGAUUUCAGCAAUGGCGCUUUGCGCAAGGCGUUUGGUGGUGGAGGUUUCGUUGCUGGGCGGGGCGAAACAGGGGAGCGUGGUUGCACCUGCACAAUGCAUUUCCAUGUCUGGAUCGCGGAUCGGGGAUCCACUUAAGCGUUGUUUCUCGGCCGCAGUGGUGCCGGUUGCGAGUUCUCGACUGCAUGCGAUCCCCAUCAAUUCCAGAGUUUUGGAGUUGAAACAAGACGAUGGGGCUCUGGAGUUCGAGGACGAGGAGGAGGAACUUAGCCCUUUGACUCCAACCUCUUUUGAGAUUGAAAACCUGCUCAUGCAAGUCUGUGACGAGACUUCGAAAGUCGCUGAGGUGGAGCUCAAGGUAGGGGACUUCAGUCUCCGAGUGAAAAGGGAAAUCGGCAAGGUUGCGCAAGCACCAAAGCCGGUUACCCCAGGCCCUCCAGUAUUGGGCAAGACUAUGGUUGAGUCUCUUCCUAGUGACGCUAUUCCAUCUGCCCCAAGCACGUCCGCAACGAGCAAGUCCACCAAGAUAACCAAGACAAAACUCUCUGCAGCAAUCGUGAAGCCCGGGUUCAAUUUUGGUUUCUUGGAAGCAGCUGCCGACGAAGGCCUGCUCUUCAUAACCUCUCCAAAGGUGGGUCUCUUCAGGAAAGGAAGAACUGUGAAAGGGAAGAGUGGUCCUUCUCUAUGCGAAGAGGGCCAAGUGGUCAAGAAGGGGCAAAUCGUGUGCUACUUGGAACAGCUUGGCACGCAGCAACCCGUAGAGGCUGACAUCACUGGCGAAGUUGAGAAAGUUUUAUCGAAGGAUGGAGAACCUGUUGGGUACGGAGAUGUUUUGAUUUCUAUUAGGCCAUCUUUUCCAGGAAUCAUCUCUCCCUAGAAUAGUGAAUAUUGGCAUUCUUUGUUUCUGUAUCUAUUUAACUACGAACUAAGGAACACUGUCAGUGUCGGAAUGAGAUUCACUUGCAGUUUCGUGCUUGAAGGUAGAUGUGCACGACUUCUAUAACCUUUGAGCAACUGCUAAGAAUACAUUAAAUGCCUUUGUAGUAGACCGAUUAUGGUCAAGACUUCCUAAGUUUAUAAAAAGUUGCUGGCUGUUUGUGUGACUACUCCAGUAUUUGUUAAUAGA